GAAUCUAUGGAAAUACCACAGAAUAUUACAGAAUUUUUCAUGCUGGGACUCUCACAGAACCCAGAGGUACAAAGAGUCCUCUUUGUGGUCUUCCUGAUUAUUUAUGUGGUCACAGUUUGUGGCAACAUGCUUAUUGUGGUCACCAUCACCUCCAGCUCCACCCUGGCUUCCCCUAUGUAUUUUUUCCUGGCCAACUUGUCCUUUAUUGAUACCUGUUAUUCUUCCUCUAUGACUCCUAAACUCAUUGCUGACUCCUUGUAUGAAGGAAGAACCAUCUCAUAUGAGGGUUGCAUGGCACAGCUCUUUGGAGCCCAUUUAUUGGGAGGUGUUGAGAUCAUUCUGCUCACGGUGAUGGCCUAUGACCGGUAUGUGGCCAUCUGCAAGCCCUUGCACUAUACAACCAUUGUGACCAGGCAUCUCUGUGCCAUGCUGGUGGGAGUGGCUUGGCUGGGGGGCUUCCUGCAUUCAUUGGUUCAGCUCCUCCUGGUCCUUGGGUUACCCUUCUGUGGGACCAAUGUGAUCAAUCACUUUGUCUGUGACUUGUACCCCUUGCUGGAACUCGCCUGCACCAACACAUAUGUCCUUAGUCUCCUAGUGGUCGCCAACAGUGGUGUGAUCUGCCUGUUAAACUUCUUCAUGCUGGCUGUGUCCUACAUUGUCAUCCUGCACUCCUUGAGGUCCCGCAGUGCAAAGGGGAAACGCAAAGCCCUCUCCACCUGUGGGGCCCACAUCACCGCUGUUGCCUUGUUUUUUGUGCCCUGUAUAUUUACUUAUAUUUGUCCAUCAUCUACUUUAUCUAUAGACAAAAACAUGGCAGUGUUUUAUGGUAUUCUGACACCUAUGUUGAAUCCACUCAUUUAUACCCUGAGAAAUAAGGAAGUAAAAAAUGCCGUGAGAAAGCUCUUCAGACAGUAA